UUUGCAUCAAGUUCACGUCACUCCACAAAUCCGUAUGGGCUCAAGUUCCCCGAAAAGCAGGGGUUAUCUGGACGAUGAAGAUGGCAACCCUAUCGCCUUCUUCUCACCAAACGCGCCGCUCUUUUGUCUACGACUCAGUGGACCACCCGUCGGCCCUCGACUGGCACCCACCAAGUUUGAGCCCGGCGUGAAAUAUUUCGUGGGGACUUCAUGGCCAGCCAGCGAGAGAGCUCGAUGGAACCGUAGAGGCCAACCGGACGAGGCGGAGACUAGGCCGCGCCAACGGGCUGGACAGCAACCAUAUACGGCCGAGGAAAAGGCAUGGCUGAAGAAGCACUACCAAGGAGAAUACAAGUCUUUAAUGUCGUACGGAUUGAGCAUCUACGAUGAAGAGAACCGUGAAGAAGGCCGAGCCAUUAUGCGGGCAAUGGUUAGCCCUGACGAAGAUGAUGACGAGGACGAAGAGGACAAGGAAAAAGAAGAGGAGGAAGAUGACGAGGACUUCGCUCACCCCGCAGAUUAUCUUUUCGACAGUAAAGAACGGGCUUGGAUCAAGAAGCAUUACCAGAACUGUACGACAUUCAUGUCCUCGUACGGUCUCAAGGUCUACGACCCGGAUGAUUGUCAAGAGGCCCAACAUUUGGUCAUGGAUUUCAUGAGCGACGAUGAAUAAAAGGUUGCCAGACCGUUUUACGAUGUUCGGGUUCGGGUUCGGGUUCGGGUUUACAACGGAGUGCAGAAAAGGGUGUGUUCUCAAGGCUAUGGCUUAGUCCCCAUAAUGCCUAGUUGGGUGAUGAUUGUUCAACAUCCAGGAUAUUAGAACAAUUUUAGGAUUCUAAGAUUGUAAUUCUUCUGACAGGUCUUUCAUUUUAUUGAAACAAUUAAAGAAAAUUGUUUCAAUAAAAUAAAAGAACCAUCAGAAGAAUUACAUUUUGAGAAUUUCACAAUUGAUCUAAUACCCUGGAUGUUGAACAAUCUUAAUAUUUGAUGUACUGUGCAUGGGUUUAAACAUUUGAGCUUUUUGUCCUUUUUUUCAUAUGAAUUAAAUACGACUGGGCG